AUGCCUAUGUCUUCUCUCCCAGCAGCCAUUUUAUCUCAAAUGAUAGCUGUAAGCAAUGUGUCUUCUCCUCCACUUCUCAGUAUUCCAAGCUUGCAAAUGCCUAAGAACAUUGAUUAUCAUCAGUUGAAUACAUUAUGCCACAUGAGAGGAAUACAAUACAGCCGGACCAAUAUCCUAUCAGCACACAAUAUAUUUAUGAAGCAAUAUCCUAAAAUAUUCUUGCAAAAAAAAAGACUGCUUAAACUUUUCAAAGAGGAAGGGAAAAGAAAACCUGCUGAAGGCACAGCAGAAAGUAAACCCCAACAACCUGAUGAUUCUCACAACAUAUCUGUCCAUGUUAAAAAAGCACGUGGUGGCCGUACUUUAUAUGGACCAAAAAAAUCUGAAGAGAAGUUAGUAGAAUUCAUGGCUAUCUUAAAUAAAUUGCCCAUUCACAGGACGCCAUCUGAACACAACGCUGUGUGGAAGAUGCUGAGAACAAUUCCAGAUUUAACCUCUCAUCUAAUUGAUGAGCAUCUGAAAAUACUUAGUAAGAAUGUCAUUUCUGAAACCUGGGUAAAAGGAAGCACAGUGAUAGGAAAUAAUGGAUUUUAUGUGAUACUGAAAGGCCUAGCUUGACCACGAACACAGAUAUAUAAAAAUCUGAUUGAAGGAAAUGAGUCUACAACCUCUUUCAUACCUCAGAGUUUCCACAGCUUUGUUUUCAGUGAAGACUUCAGAAACUCUAUACUGGCUGGGAUACACAUACCUUCAAUGGACCCAAUGCUUGGACAAUGGAGUACCUUUGGAACCCUGGAAGUUACAGCUCAGACUGAAUCAGAAACAAAGGCGUUCUCAGUGGUAGCAGAAGAAGAUUGUGAAAUUCUUAAAAUCCCUGCAAAGAAUUAUGCAAAGUUAAAAUCGGAAAAAACAAAACUGGAAAAUAAAAAUAAGGUGAAAUUAAUCUGCAAGUGUCCAUAUUAUGUGGAGUGGCCUACUUUAUCCAUAUAUGAGCUAGUUACACUCACUAAAUGGAAAAAGUUUCCUCCAGGUCAUGUGAUAGUGGAAAGUGGAAAUAUAAUCUCUUUUGUGGCUUAUAUUAAUUCUGGAUAUUGUAAGGUUUACAGAAGUAUUGUAGGACUUUCAAAACCACAAUCAAGAAAAGUGAAAAAAAUACAAAAACUUGUGUAUAUGGGUAAACUUAAGGAGAAGGAGUCUUUUGGUGAGAUUAGUGUUCUUCUCCAAGUUCCUUUCACAUACACAAUAGUUACUGGAAAAGACGUUGAGAUGGCAAUUAUUGAAGAUAAGAACCUACUUGAAUAUAUUAGCAAUAUUUUAAAAGACUGA